UGUUAGGCUAUGUGAUGCCCUUUGUAAACAUCUGAAAAAUCAUAUAUUUAUGCCGGACAAAGAAGAAGCGUUGAAAAUAGCAGCAAGAUUUGAGAAAAAAUCUCAUUUUCCUCGGGUAAUGGGUUGUAUUGAUGGCAGUCAUAUAGCAGUAACUGCCCCAUUGCAAAGGAAGAAAGAUUAUACAAACAGAAAGGAUUGGGACUCUUUAGUUCUGCAAGCUGUUGUUGAUGAUCUUUAUUGUUUUAGAAACAUAUCUGUAAAGAUGCCAGGAAGCAGCCACGACGCUACAGUUUUUAAGAACUCCGGGUUAUUUAAAAAUUCCAACAAGCUACCAAAGGAAUGUUUUUAGUAAUUUAUUUGCUGUUAUUUUAAAUACACUUGUAUAAAACAGGCUCCAAUUAAUAUUGAGGGGUAUCCAGUUCCACUGUUAAUCCUUGGUGAUCCAGCAUACCCAUUACUUCCAUGGCUAAUUAAGCCCUUCAUAGGCACUAAUUUAUCGCAGGAAAAAGACUCCUAUAUGUAUAAAAGCU